AUGCGCAUUUACGUCAGGCCUACCUCAACUCACCAGCGUACGCGUCCCCGAAUCUCCUCGAGAACGGUCCUAUUCAUGUCGGUACCCGAGGACUACAAAAGCGAAACGAAGCUACGACAAGUCUUCGGGGACUGCAUUCGCCGCAUUUGGAUCACCACGGAUUGCAAGGAGCUGGACAAGCUUGUCAAUGAGCGCGACAGACUGGCCUUCAACUUGGAAACCGCAGAAACAAAGCUGAUUCGAAGAGCUAACAAAGCUCGUACGAAGUCGAUUCGGACGGGUGCAAGUUCAUCCGACAUCUGUCUCGACUGCGAGUCAACCAAUCCUGCAGGUUUUCACAAGGUCAGGCGACCAACACAUCGUCUGAGGUUCCUUUUCGGUGAAAAGGUGGAUUCCAUUCACUGGUAUCGAUCAGAACUAGCUCGAGUGACUACAAAGGUGGACAUCCUCCAGCGAAAACACCAAACCGGCGAGGCCAAACAGUUAUCGGCGAUGUUUGUCGAGUUCAAUUCCCAGGCGGAUGCCCAGGUGUCCCUACAAACUCUCUCGCACCAUCGGCCCUUCCAUAUGGCGCCUCGCUUCAUUGGCAUUUCUCCUAGGGAGGUCGUCUGGGAGGCACUGAAUCUCAGUUGGUGGCAACGCAUUGUGCGACGGUUUGCUGUUCAGGGUGGCCUGGGAGCUCUCGUGAUCUUCUGGUCGUUUCCCGCUGCACUUGUGGGAACAAUUUCAAAUAUUACAUAUCUGGCCAAGAUGAUUCCAUUCCUCAAGUUUAUCCUUCACCUACCUAACCUGGUCAAGGGGGCCAUCGAGGGUCUCCUGCCCUCCGCUGCUCUGGUGGCCUUGAUGUCGUUGGUGCCGAUCAUCUGUCGAAUUUGCGCGAGACAUGCCGGGGUCCCAUCAAUGGCGCGAGUCGAACUUUUUACCCAAAGCGCUCAUUUUGUCUUCCAGGUUGUGCAGGUGUUUUUAGUGACGACACUGACAUCUGCGGCAUCUGCUGCCACGACCCAGAUUAUCAAGGAUCCUCUCUCGGCAAAGGAUCUAUUGGCGCAGAAUCUACCUAAAGCCACCAACUUCUAUAUUUCUUACUUUUUGCUCCAGGGCUUGAGUCUGAGCUCGAUGGCGCUCGUACAGAUUGCGAGUGCGCUCGUGUUCAAGUUUGUGACGACCUUUUUUGCAUACUCGCCGCGCCGCCUGUUCCGAAAAUGGGCUCAGCUGGUUACUCUUAGCUGGGGCAAUGUGUUUCCUGUAUUCACCAAUAUGGGUGUAAUUGCGUUGACGUACUCCUGCAUUGCGCCAUUGAUUUUGGGCUUUGCCUUUGUUGGGCUGUAUCUCGUCUACCAGGCCUAUCGAUACAACUUUUUCUUCGUCUACAAUGUCGAAAUCGACACCAAGGGAUUAGUCUAUCCUCGCGCCCUGCAGCAUUUACUCACCGGUCUCUACCUGGCCGAGGUCUGCAUGAUCGGUCUAUUCGCAAUUAAGGGUGCGAUCGGCCCGCUUGUCAUUAUGGCCAUGUUCCUGAUUGGCAACAUUUUGGCCCACAUUUCGCUAAACGAAGCCCUUUCCCCAUUAAACACAUUUCUGCCACGAUCUCUGGAUGCCGAAGAGGAGCUUCUCAUGGAAAAGGAAGAUGCCCAGGCCGAAAUCAACGAAAUCAACGACUUACGUCGAUCUCGUGUCUUGGCAUUCUGGAAGUGGUUCCACCCAAACAUGUACAAAGACUUCGCAGCAAUGCGUCGAAAAGUGCGACGUAACGUUGCUGAGGUCGAUUAUACCGAGGAGCAGAUGCGCACAGCCUAUUUCGAGCCCAGUGUGGCGUCUCCCAAUCCCACGCUUUGGAUCCCGCGUGACAGAUGGGGGUUCAGUCGGCAUGAGAUCAUGGAGACUGAUCCUGCCAUCCAUAUCACGGAUGAAGGGGCUCACUUGAAUGAGAAAAACAAGAUUGUGUGGGACAAAUACGAUCCUCACCUUCCGCUACGUGAACGGAAGACGUUGUACUGA